GAAUCUAAAAGUCCUUGAAGCUGUUUCCCAACUCAGCAGCGCUAUCAGUCUGCAGAGCUUCAGGUGGAGGUGUCCAUGGACUCUGUUCAAGGACACACACACACACACACACACACAUACACACACACACAGAGAAUGAUUUCCUAGAGGUAUCUGGCUGUAGGUUGUCUUUUUUGGCAUGUGAAUGGUUAUGGGCUGCGUCAAAGCCAACGUCUGACUGUCGGAGAGUAUAAAAGCUGAGGGCUAGUGAUAAACCUUCUAAGAGCAUCUCUCUGGAGCUCAGAACAACCGGCUGCCUCUGGCUCCCUCCACCCCUGCAGCGAUGAUGAUCAGCAUGGCUCUGAUUUGGGCGGUCGUGGUGGCGAUCUGCUGCUGCCUGUGGCUCAUCCUGGGGAUCCGCAGGAGACAGCCUGGGGAGCCUCCCGUGGAAAACGGAUGGAUCCCUUACCUCGGCUGUGCCCUCCAGUUCGGGGCCAACCCCCUGGAGUUCCUCCGCAGCCGGCAGAAGAAACAUGGUCACAUUUUUACCUGCAAAAUCGCCGGCCAGUACGUCCACUUCCUCUGUGACCCGUUCUCUUAUCACUCCGUCAUCCGGCAAGGGAGACACCUGGACUGGAAGAAGUUCCACUUCGCAGCUUCUGUCAAGGCAUUUGGCCAUGAGAGCAUGGACCCGAGCCAUGGUUACACAACAGAGAACCUGCACCAGACGUUCCUGAAGACACUGCAGGGCGAAGCUCUGCCAUCUCUGAUAAAGAACAUGAUGGAGAACCUGCAGAGUGUCAUGCUGCAGUCUGACAGGCUUAAAGCCAGCCGAUCCGAGUGGGAGGUCGAUGGCAUCUUCGCUUUCUGCUAUAAGGUCAUGUUCGAGUCUGGCUACUUCACUCUGUUUGGGAAAGAACUGGACGGAGAUCAGAGCAUCGCCCGUCAGCAAGCUCAGAAAGCCCUGGUCCUAAACGCUCUUGAGAACUUCAAAGAAUUCGACAAGAUUUUCCCAGCAUUAGUCGCUGGCCUGCCCAUCCAUGUGUUCAAAAGUGGCCACAGUGCCCGAGAGAACCUGGCCAAAACCAUGCUGCACGAGAACCUCAACAAACGUACCCAGAUCUCCGACCUCAUAUCUCUGAGAAUGCUGCUCAAUGACACCCUCUCCUCAUUCAACGAAAUCGGCAAAGCCAGGACACACGUAGCCAUCCUGUGGGCGUCCCAGGCCAACACCUUACCUGCAACCUUCUGGACCCUCUUCUACCUCAUCAGGUGUCCGGCAGCGAUGAAGGCAGCCAGCGAAGAAGUGAGGAACAUUUUUGAGAGUUCCAACCAGAAAGUUGAUCCAAAGAACCCUCAUCUGGUCCUGACCAGAGAACAGCUGGACAACAUGCCGGUCCUCGACAGCAUCAUUAAGGAAGCAAUGAGGCUGUCCAGUGCAUCCCUGAACGUCCGAGUGGCCAAGGAGGACUUCCUGCUGCACCUGGACAACAAGGAGUCCUACUGCAUCCGUAAGGACGACGUCAUAGCACUGUACCCUCAGAUGCUUCACUUUGAUCCGGAAAUUUAUGAGGAUCCUCUGACAUACAAGUAUGACCGGUACCUGGACGAGAACGGGCAGGAGAAGACCAGUUUUUACAGAGGAGGCCGGAAACUGCGAUAUUACUACAUGCCCUUCGGCUCUGGGGUCACCAAGUGUCCCGGCCGCUUCUUCGCUAUUCACGAGAUUAAACAGUUCCUGUCGCUGGUGCUGUCCUACUUUGACUUGGAGCUGUUGGACUCUGCAGUGAAGAUUCCCCCUCUGGACCAGUCCCGUGCCGGACUGGGCAUUUUACAGCCCACCUACGAUGUUCACUUCAGAUACCGACUCAAAGCACAAUAGGAGUCUUGCACUUUGUUUGUAUUUAUUGACUGUUCAGAGAACUGAGACGGUGUGCUGUUUUUGUUAAGUCCAGACAAACGAAAGAUCUCAACGGAAAUCGCAAUUUUUGAGUCUCCUGAUUGAAUGUAAAUGACCUUCUGGGCCGCUGUCACCUCAGAAAGCCAAAAUAUGAAAGUUUUUCAGGCCGAACCAGUGUUAAAUAUUCUCAUCUCUGCUAUUGAAGGGGAACUCCACUGAUUUUUUCAGAAUUUAUGCAGAAUUCAAUCACUGAUUUACAGCCAUUCAGAGUGGGUUGAUAUGAAAUGGUUCAUUUUAGAGAUGUCUUUACAGUGGUGGUGAUAGGAACCAGGGGUCACCAUGACUACAACACAAACCCACCUAGUGCUUUUAUGUGAAAUGUUAAUAGUAAAAUAGUAAAAAAUCUGAAAAAUAAGAUUUAUUUGGGCACUAUUUAAUGUUUUUUUGGUCCAAAAAUCCCAAAACCAUUGCAAAACAGCAUCUCAGUCAUCAGGCAGUGAAUUCAUAACCAUUUCAUGUAGGAACUCUCUGUGAGGAGCUUUUAGAGGGGGGCAUCUGGUUCCUAUCACCACCACUGUGAACAGUUCUGAGUAUGUAAGUUUCUCUAGAACAGAGAAUUUCACACCAAACUGCUCUGAACGACUCUGUUUACAUUCCAACCAUUUAAUUAUGCAUUAAUUAUUACCAUGGAGGCACAAUGGCAGCAGUGAAAUGUAUGUAGUUCUGACCAAUUGUUUUUUUUUUGUGCUGAUUUGAAGUGUUUCUAUGUAAUAUGAAGUAACAAGCAAUGAUUAGUGAUAAUAUUAGCACUUUUAGAGCUGUUUUAGAUGAAACCUCAUAGCUUUUUACUCAGUUAUCAGUAAUAUUUACUGCUUAUGAGCCAUGAGUUUCUACCUGAUUCUCUGUUGUUAAUUUUAUCCUUGAUUAAUGGCUUUACAUAAUGCUAACACUGUGAGGAACGAGAAACCUUUAAUGUGUCUGAUGUUUUUUCUGUACAGAAAUGUGAUGACUGCUGUGGAUUUGUUUGUUCUCACAGUUGCUGCUCAUUGAAUCCAAUUAAAACUUUUGUAGGAGAUUGUAGUUUCAUAAGAAGCUUGUUUUUAGUUGCAAAACAGGCCAUUAAUUCACUCACUAACUCACUCACUCACUAACUCACUCACUCACUCACUCACUCACUCACUCACUCACUCACUCACUCACUCACUCACUCACAUUUAGCAGGCUGAAUAGCACUCAAGUAGAAUUUGAUGAUUUUUAAAUGUAGGAGAUUCACAUUAGUGAUACUGGCUGUCCUUGUUUCUUUAAUUGUUUACUUACUGCAUGUUCAUCCCAGUUGAUGCCUUGUUGUAAACACAAACACUCUGAAAUGAUCCAUGCAAAAGUGCAAUAUACUGAAAAUGACCACAUAUAUUACCAUAUAUUCCAACAAUAUAUAGCAGUAAAUGACACUGUAAUAAGAGGAUAGUCCAGUUUAUAUGUCUGUAGUUUAACCGGAUGAAUCUGACAAACUGUCACAGGGCCAAAAAAUGUCCUCUCUAUGGAACAAAGUUAAAUUUGAUUGACUAAUGUCUUUUAAUACUUAAUUCACCAAAUAAACACUAAUUCUGCAUUCAAAUGUGCAAAAAUGA